GAGGCUCUGGCAGCUCAGCCCGCUUUCCCAGGAGUCCCCUCCGGCCCGGCUUUGGGCUGGGCGGCCAGACGUGGUUUCUCCUUCUUUGGCAGAGCUCACACAGUUGUAACCAAGUUUAAAGUCUGGUAGACGCUGUCAAAACCAACGUAACAAUGGCGAUCGGACGGGCGGGCCGUGGGGCCCAUGGGAUCUCUUAACGGUGUGUGUGUGCAAAAUUGAGAUUGAGGACAAAAUUAAGUCGAAAUGUUUUUGGCGUCUAAAAUGGUGUUUGCUUUGACUUUUGUAAGUUGCCAAAGUUUUCAUUUCAUUUGCACCAAAAGAAAAACACUUUUUCCCUCGGUUACAUAAUGGAGGAUUAAAGAAAACAGUGUCUCUGGGCUUAAAAUAAAUGGUGUUCUCUAAGUCUUCGGCCCCAGUGGGUGUCAGAUGUGGGGGCGGGCGCUUUGCCGAGCCCGGGCCAGUCUAUUGAUCCACUGGGUCCGUUUUCGUUGGUCCGAUGCAAGGUCGGGCUGCGCUGAAACUUGGGCUGCUGGUGAUCUGCAUGCGGGGCGCGGUGGCCAGGGAAGCAGCCCCCUCCUGAGCUGCUGCGGGCGGGAUAAGGCAGCUCUUUAGACACCCCCACCACGAGGUCUCCCCACUCCCUGAAGAAGAGCGGAAAUAAAUGCCCACCAGCCAGCGAGCAAAGUUGUGGUGGGUUUUCCUCUAACUUUUUCUUGUAGUUUUGGAAAGAAAGCCUAUUUCUCUGAAGGCGGCCCCAGCUGCCUUUCAGGUCGCUGGCUAUCGAAAAAGAUCUGCUCCCAUUUUGUUCUGGCAGCCGGGACACUGAGCAAGCGAUGAGAGAUUUACAAGGUAUCCUUUCAAAAAGAAUUCCCAGCAGAGAAGAGGCCGCAACGUCUUCUUCACAAUCACACGCAAAAGCCUUAGAAACGUGCAAAGUACAUUUUGUAAAGAUGAGGCAAAAACGAAAUCUGGCCAAGGAAACCUUUUCUCUGUGGCAUAAACCACCGAACUAAUUGCUCAAAGAAAUCUUCUGCUCUUUACAACUUUCUCAGUCUGGAACCCUCUCCUGCGAAUAGCAACUGGAUGAUUGGCUCGCAGUAUGAACUCAAGGACAACCCCGGGGUGCACCCUGCCACCUUUGCUGCCCACACGGCUCCGGCCUAUUAUCCCUAUGGCCAGUUCCAGUACGGGGAUCCCGGGCGGCCCAAGAACGCCACGCGUGAGAGCACCAGCACUCUCAAGGCCUGGCUCAACGAGCACCGCAAGAACCCCUACCCCACCAAGGGCGAGAAGAUCAUGCUGGCCAUCAUCACCAAGAUGACCCUCACGCAGGUCUCCACCUGGUUCGCCAACGCGCGCCGGCGCCUCAAGAAGGAGAACAAGGUGACCUGGGGCGCACGCAGCAAGGACCAGGAGGACGGCGCCCUUUUCGGAAGCGACACGGAGGGCGACCCCGAGAAGGCCGAGGAUGAUGAGGAGAUCGAUCUGGAAAGCAUCGACAUCGACAAGAUCGACGAGCAUGAUGGUGACCAGAGCAAUGAGGACGAUGAGGACAAGGCCGAGGCCCCUCGAGCGCCCACAGUGCCCACCGCCCUCGCUCGGGACCAGGGAUCGCCGCUGGCAGCCGCGGACGCGCUCAAGACCCAAGGCUCGCCCCUGGGCCUGGCCAAGGAGGUCCCGGAACCAGGCAGCACUCGCUUGCUAAGUCCGGGCGCAGCGGCGGGCGGCCUACAGGGUGCGCCUCACAGCAAACCGUCCCGCAGCAGCCCGGCGCUCCCAGAGAGAGACAUUGUCCCCAGGCCGGACUCGCCGCCACAGCAGUUAAAGUCGCCCUUCCAGCCGGUGCGCGACAACUCGCUGGCCCCACAGGAGGGAACGCCUCGGAUCCUAGCAGCCCUCCCGUCCGCCUGAUUCAGGGUCUUCUUUUAGUUUUGCGGGGGGAGGGGGGAGGAGUUUGGGAGGGAGGGGAUGAGGGAGGAAUUAAGACAAAUAUUUCAGACUGGUGUAAAGAACAAACAUGGCAACGACGUCAAAUGACUCCCGUCCAUCGCUUUCUGCAGAAAGGGGCUCGUCCCCGCCGAGCUCGCUGGAGUUCAGACAGCUGGCUUCCGCCAGCGACUGGGCUCUGGUGGCUGUCACCAGGCUCUGGUUGAUUAUCGGCUGGGUAAAUGCCCCCACGUGCUUGUGUCUUUUUUUUUCUUUCUUUCUGUAUAUAGAGUGAUUUCAGAUUGUAAAUAGCGCGUCAGCGAACUUGUCUAAAUCAUAUAUUUUUGUCUAAUAAACUAAAUGAAAUGAA